UGUUUUUUGUUUCUUUCAAGUUCUGCAUUGUUUCAGACAUGGCGGCUCAUGGGAUCUCAGUGGGCCAGCAAGUGGCAGUGAUUUGGGAUAGGCACUCUCCUGCUGAAGCUCUGCAAAGUUUUGUGCAGAACAUCCAGGCUGCUGUUGGAGUUGAGGGUCAUGUAUCCGUAGAAAAUAUCAACCAGCUGCUCCAAUCAUCCCAUAAGGAAUCCAGUUUUGAUGUGGUUCUGUCAGGCCUGUUACCUGGCAGCUUGACUGUGCAUAGUGCAGAAGUAUUGGCUGAAAUAGCUCGGAUAGUCAAGCCAGGGGGCCGUGUCCUUCUGAAGGAAGUAGUGACGACAGAAACAGGUAACAACAAUGGGCUCAAGACAAUCCCCAAGCUACCUGCAGCUUUGACACUCUCAGGGCUGGUGGAAAUAAAGGAGUUACAGAAAGAGCCCUUAACCUCUGAACAAAUCCAAUCUCUUCAGGAACAUCUGGGGUUCCAGUGCAAUGAAAUUUAUUCUGUUCAGAUGGAAGGCAAGAAACCCAACUUUGAAGUGGGAUCUUCAAGUCAACUCAAAAUUUCUUUUGUCAAGAAAGAGAGAGAAAAGCCAGCUGUGGAUCCCAUGGCUGCAAAGCUCUGGACUCUUUCUGCCAAUGAUAUGGACGAUGAGGAUGCAGAUCUUCUGGAUUCAGACGAGCUUUUGGACCCUGAGGAUUUGAAAAAGCCAGAUCCAGCUUCCCUUAAAGCCCCUUCAUGUAAGGACUCUGGAAAGAAGAAAGCGUGUAAGAACUGUACCUGUGGUCUUGCUGAAGAGCUAGAGCAGAAGAAGAGCAACAUACAACCCAAAUCCGCAUGUGGCAAUUGUUACCUGGGGGAUGCAUUCCGCUGUUCCAGCUGCCCUUACCGUGGCUUGCCAGCCUUCAAACCUGGCGAGAAGAUCCUCCUGAAUGAGAAUAACCUCCAUGAUGCCUAAGAGAGGGACUGAAUCAAGCCUCCUUGUGGGGCACAUACACAGCUGUUCUUUGCCUUUUUAGGCUGUGCAUUGUUUUGCUGCCAUAACUCUCACUCUGGGAAGGUCUCUAAUAAAGGGAAAGGAACUUUAUUGGGGUCAGGGAAGACAAGCUGAUGGGCUGCUGUAAGCUAAAGGGAAAGGCCUGCAUUCUAGGCUCAUCUCUGACUAGCUGACCUAUUACUUGUUCCUUGGUGUCCUGUUCAUUAACAUAGAUUAGUGGACAUCGGGGUUUUAAAAAAAUGAGUAUGAUUUAACAUCGAGGGACUGGCCAUCCUAACAUGCUCUAUAGACAAAAUGGCUAUACUGGGAAUUGUCUUCACAUUAUCCUGGGAAUUCUGAAGCAGCUUCAAGUGCUAGCUUGUCUUACCAAGAAUCCUUUUACGUAUAUUUUUUGUGGCCAAACGCAGCACCAAAAUUACAUUUUGGGGAUGGGAGGAGAAGGAUUGAUUGUGAAAUCCCAGUUGCACAGUUAUGUGUUCCAGGGUUUUGUGCAACUGAAAUGUAUGAGGUUCUGAAAUUAAACCUGUGAAACUA